GGUGACCCGUUCGAGUUCGUCGACGACGUCUGCAGCGUCGACCUCGCGUGGGAUGGCGGCGGCGAUGUGGAGGUGUCCUUCGAUGUAGAAGCGAACGUCGGAGCUGGGGCCCCUAGCAGCGACAUCUGCCAGCGUGACUGCUGCCCCCCGCUCCGAUCGAUCUGUCACGUUCGCAUCGACGCCAGCACCAUCGUCUGCUGCGCCCGCGCCGGCCCCAGCUGCGACGCCGACGUCGCCGCCGCGCAGUGCAGGCUGCGGCUUCCGGUUUGCAGUCACUCCCAGCACGUGGGCGAGGACCUCGUGGACUUCGUGCCGUGCCCGACGCCCUGGCCCGCGAUCGCGGAGUCGGCCGCCUUCCACAUGGGCGGCCAGCGUAUCACAGACGUGAGCGGCCUGAAUGCGAGGUGGGCCACGCGCGUCGAGGAGGCCUUCGCGAGGCACCACCGUGCCGCGGCGCCGAGGUCGAAUGUCACGCGGGCACAGGGGCCUCAUCUUGUCGAGCUGGCUGUUGAGCAGAAGGAGGCGGCUGUCACAUCGUCGGUGCGCGGGGCUGCUGCCAACUGGUGGGCCCAAGUUCACACGGUCACCCAGCGGCUCGCCAAGUUCCGCAAGAUCGCGCAGCCGUCGGAGGCCGUCAGGAGGGACUCGGCCGCCCGGCUCGCUGUCGUGUGCCAGGAACUCGGCCGCGCGGCGCCGAGGAAGGCGCGCGCUGCGCUCGUACUUCGCGAUGCUCGCGGCGCCCCUUCGAGUGGCGAGGUUCUGGACUGGAAGCAAUUCCGCCAUCGGCUGCACCUGGUGCCGCGGGCGUCCCAGGAGGCGCUCGAACAGCUG